AUGCAAAAUGGAACACAACUGGAAAUUAUUCCCAAGAAUUAUUCUAUUAUUCACAAGGAAUUGGACGAGGACAACUUUGAAGUAGAAAACGAAAAUGAAAACAGCCAAUCUUCUAAUAUAACUGCUGCAAGUUCCGAAACCACAUCACAAAAUACAAGCACACCUUUAACACGAAAACGUGUACAUAGUGUUCAACAUGAAAUUUUAAAUUUUGUUAAGAUCCAGCAAACAGACCGAGAGAAAAGAAAAACAGAACGUGAUUUGAGAAACCAAAUAAUUGACAAAAUGGACGACAUGGAUCAUUUUUUUCUUAGUGUUUGUGAAAGUACAAAAAAAUUACCCAAACCGGCACAGCUUCGUCUUAAGAGAAAGAUUUUUAAUUUAGUUACGGAAGAAGAAGAGUUAAACAUUUACAAUGAUAUGUAUGCAUCUGAGAGUUAUAAUAGUGCCUUAACUAGUACUCGAGGGUGUACAACAGCUCAAGGUGUCCAAUCCUCAGAUACCAAUUGUCAUAUAUUACACAAUGUGUUUACAUCUCCAAGUAGUGCCUCAAAUCAAUCUGUAGGAGGAUAUACAGCUGAACAAGAUGCCAAUGACCUUCCAGUCGGUGGGAACACCGUGUUCAGACCGUAUGCAAGAGAGGAGGCCAAUGCUACUUCGCUAAUUGAUUAA